UGCCCCCGUUUGAUCGGCUCACGCUUCAUCACUUGAAUGCGGUCAUUCCCUGCAACCCGUUAUUUUCAAUUUGCAUCCAUUUUCGCUGCACGACACAGGCCGGAUCAAUCUGCUUCGAGCCCUCGACCGGUGGACGACACUCUGGAACGCCGCGACCCAUACUAAGCAGCCUGAAUCUCUAGGUGUCGAACGUAACAGCCCCGGUCUAGCAUUACUAUCAAGGAAAAUCGUUCAAAUCACUGGUACCGAAGCAGCAAGGCAAUGCGCGUACUUGCAACGCGUUCCGAAGCAUGACUUCUCAGAUCUUCACCGCUUCAUCAGAGAAUACUGCUAGUAAAUCGCUCUACGCUCAUAAGCAGCGCUCCCCCCGCCUAACAUUGCUUCAAUGCGACAGCACUUCUCUAAUUCGACCUUUCAACAAAAACACUCGAAGUUCUGAGCAUCCCACGGUUCGAAAUUCCGCCAAAAUGGAUGGUCUCAAAGGCAAAGGGCGGCGUUUGAGCGACGGUCGUCCACCUCCUUACUCUCAAGACAACGAGGAAACCCUGACAUAUCAAACACCCGGUGCUGGCUUCGCCAACCUGCCUUCCGACUCAAAACCCCCUUUGAAUUCGCUAGUCAAAUUCCCUCCAUCUUUCCAAUGUUACCUUGACAAGCAGGAAGGCUUCUAUUACCUCGGUCCCGUCUCGUCAGAGGAACGCCUCUUUGCCUUCUCUGCUAGCGCAAGACUCCAAACCACCAUGCAACCCCUCCAUCUCCACAAUGGGCCGAGCGAGAGGGACCCCAUCAUCGUCAGGAUGACACAGAAGAACCCCCGCUCCGUCAACUUUGCAGCGACAAUCACCCUCCACGAUCCGUCAGACCCACACGCCGUCGCGGAAGAGAUUUCCUACGAAAAGCCAGUGAACCCGCGAUCCAGCUCUGUGUUUGCCUCGUGUCUUGCCUUCCGGGUCGGGGUUGGCAAAGAGGGCAGAGAAGAGGAGUUUCAAUGGAGGCGCUCGAGCGGGACGGAGGUCAAGGAGCUCGCGCGGCAUUCGAUCGGGGGCAAGUUGGUGAGGAUGUCCGGGCCAAAGGCUGGCGCCGGAGGGAGCAGAAAGGCGCGCGAGCAGGGCUUCUCGAGUGACGGGAAUGAAGUUGUUGCGGUCUUGGCACCGAGGUCGAAUAUCGGCAUCGCGAACGGCUUGAAGUUCAAGUUUAUGGGGACAGCGUUGACGGGGGAUUUGGGAGAGAAGUGGGAGAGUGUGGCUGUCAUCACGGGGUUCUGGUUGUUUGGGAUUUCUCGCGCGCGCGAGAAGGAUGAUUAGCGCGUGAUGCGAAUGAUGGUCUCUAUUAGAUCCACAG